AUGCCCUGGAGCUGGCCGCGCUGGCUCAAGAGUGCCGAUACAAGACGCCGCCUUGAGCUUUUCCCGGGCAUAUCUAUGGAAGCUGGCCAGCACCUCCAAGAAAUCAUCUGCCAGUUAGACGAUAACGAUUUCCGCCCUCCAGUGGUCAAGUCCCGUGAUGUUUCGCCUUCUGAUCGCUCGAUCUCCAUUUAUGUCACCGAUGAGAGUCGUUCCGAACACUUCGAUGACGUGACGGAAAUGCCGAAUUUCUACGAUAUAUCAGUUUCAAUUUCGGACUCGACGGUUCUAGACUAUUAUCGAAUAAUGCAUUUUCCAGCACAGUCCAGGUAUUGGAUUGCAGUAUCACGAGAUGCACCGCCACCUGGAAGGCCUUCCCCUGACGGCGUAAUCGCCGACAGCCACUUCAUAGUAGACCAGAACUCUCAAGUCGGGCCAGAUUUCAUCCUGUACAUCAUUUUGAAAGGCUACUAUAUCGGCAGCGACGUGCAGGCAAUGCACCACCUAAGUACUGGCUGGACCGGCUUGCCUCGACCCUGGAAAGUUUUGACUCAAUUGCUGACCAAGACUGUCAAGAUCGAGACUUUGAGUGACAGGGGUUUUUCCAGCCAACAAGCUGGUCAGGAUCCUGCAGGCGCCUUACGACCAAUUGAGACAUGUCACUUCACAGCGACCUACAGGCAGCUGAGAUCCCGUAAUAGCCCAAGCUUACACUCAACUCCUCUACCUGCCGUGGCUGACACCUCUUACGCACGUAAUCGUAUUCCCGGUUUUACCUACCGUCCCCAGUCUAUUUCAAGAUUAUUCUCGUCGCUUAUUGAAGCCCCUAGUACCUCUCCCCCCCGAUACUCCAUCAUCCCUUAUUUCACCAGGUCUUGUAUAGGAUAUAACUGUCUCACUCCCUGCCUUCAUCGACUUUCUGAAUCACCUCUCGUACUUCCUCACCUCUUUCGUCCAUGCGUUCUCGAGUACAAGCCCGCUACCAGUCGCUUCCAGUGCAAUACUACCCGUGCAAUUCACUUCAACCAGUCCAUAUCCUCAGCUGCUCACACCCGAAUCCACACCGGCGUGAAGGCUUGUCGGUGCAGCUACUCUGACUGCGGUGGACGAUACUCUGACGUCCCUCCCGCAAUAGCUGCCGAUUUAGACGCAACGACCACAGGGACAGUCACCGUCGCAGUCGUCACCAGCGCGGCUGAGCACAACCCCAACCCCAGCAGGACUCUAGAGGAUCGCGCGUCCGAAUUCGAGAUUAGCGAAACAUCUUAUACUCCUGAUCACAUCAUGUCUUCUCACGCUCGCAUCGGCAAGCGCGUCAAUGUCGGCGAGAAGUUCUAUAGUUGCGACGACCCUAAGUGCGGGGGCAAAUCUUUUCGCCAUAGUAACUUACACCACCAUAUGAGGAGAAAGCACAACGACGACGAGCGACCCUUGAAAUGCAGCGUCGAUGGCUGUCAAUUUAGCUUACAAAGCGAGAGAGGAAGCUUCAUCAACACCGUUGGGAAGCCCUCCGAUUCUGACCAGCAGAUGCCUCAGUACGCUCCUCUCCUUCUGUUCAACUUCAUCCCAAAGCCGUUGCACGCAAUAACACGCUCUAGAGUUCUCGACCAGCAGCGAGGACGAGUUCGUCAGGCCCGCAAGAACCGUCACAGUCUCAGGCAAAAGCGAGCAAACGGCUGCUCCUGCGAUCCUCCUUACACCCGCAUUCCGAUAAAGAAAGGCGUCAUACCUUCCGCUAAGAACUUACCUGAUUUAUCUCCGCCGCAAGGCAUGAUAUCAGGACCUACAAACACGCCUCCGUUACGCUCGCCUCUAGCCACUAGCUCCGCUCACCACAUACUGUGCGAUUCCCCGUCAGCUAUGUCGGAAUGGAGCCAGCCGCCCGAUGCUCAGCUGGAAAGGUACGAACCGGUGGCUGCUCCUAGAGUCCCUAAUCGAUCUGGCGUCCCCGUCUUUGGCUCCUCGUCGGCUAGUUUGCUCGCAGAGAGUCCCACAAAAAAGGGCGAGCUCUGUCGUAUUUGGAUUCAUGGCAAUGAUUUAAGCGAAAACAAUGAAAUCUUACUUCAAGUUAAAACGUUCGCGUGCUUCGCAAGAUACAAUGGAAAUGGAGAACUGGAAGUCUUUGACGCUGGGACUUUCAUGGUUGUUCAAUCCACGAAUGGACGUAUAGAGGUAGGGGCGAGAGAGCUAAGUGCGGCAUCAUACGCUAUAUCAGAGUGUCUUCUCCACGCGGACAUGACCUCAACCGCAAUGGGCUCCUUGCUCGAAGGGCGUCUAGUUUUCAGAUCUAUGAAGGGUCUUACGAUGAGCAAUAUGCCAAAGAAACUGGUGCAUUGCGAGCAUGGUCUAGUUGAAGUGGAGGCUUAUGUUGACAGUUUGCUAUGGCAUGAGGGAUGUUUUGAGGGUUUGGAGAAGAGCGCAGGCAGCUGUCAAAAUGCUGGGCGAGAUCUUGUCUACUUUGACGCGUCUUCUGCUGAGAAGAUGGAAUACACUCCUUCUCUUUCAACAGCCUGCAAGUUCCUGAGAUAUACCCUCCCUAGCUUUUUGUAG